GGGCGGGCCUCCUCCACCCGCGCAGGAGUACAGCGUCCGGCCUGCUCCGCGAACGGCCGCCGCCGCCUCCAGGCCGCAGAGCAGGAUGGCGCCCGUGGAGCAUCUCGUGGCCGACGCCGGCGCCUUCCUGCGGGGAGCCCCGCUCCAGGAGAUCGGCAGGCGCGUCUACACGACCCGGGAGGUGCUGGCGGAGAUUCGGGACCGGGCGACGCGGCGGCGGCUGGCGGCGCUGCCCUUCGAGCUGCUCCUCCGGCAGCCCUUCCCCGAGCACGUGCGGCUGGUGACCGAAUUCGCCAAGCAGACGGGCGACUUCCGCAGCCUCUCCGCCGCCGACAUCCAGGUCCUGGCCCUGACGCUCCAGCUGGAGGCCGAGCACGGGGGGGGGCGCCCCCUCCGGACGGAGCCGCGGCCCCAGGUAAAGCUCAGCUUCACUAACCGUCACCCUGAAGCACCAGUUGACGUUCCUGGCUUUCAUCUUCCCUCCAAGACAAAGUGCCCAGGCAACGAGAAGACCCUUUUGGCAAGGGAAAAGGGAGAGCCAGCAGAUCCUGCAGCGCUUGGAGACGCUCAGUUUUCUUCUUUCCUUUUCUGGAGGAAUCCCCUGCCUAGCAUAGAGGAGGACCUACCGGGCCUGCUGAAAGCGGACUCUCUCAUGUUGGAGACGGAGGACCCUGAAAGCCAGGACAGCGAGGAGGAGGAGAAUGGGGAGGAAGAAGGCUGGAUCACGCCCAGUAACGUCAAGCAGAUCCAGCAGAAUGCUUGCCGGGGGAACGAGCCUGCCGGGGUGCAGGUUGGCUGCAUCACCACUGACUUCGCUAUGCAGAACGUUUUGCUGCAGAUGGGGCUCCGCGUGCUGGCACCGAACGGCCUGCUGAUCCAGCACACCCGCAGCUACAUCCUGCGCUGUCACGGCUGCUUCAGGACAACAUCAAAAAUGACCCGGCUUUUCUGCCCCCACUGUGGGAACAAGACAUUGAAAAAAGUGACCGUGACUGUGGAGGACGACGGCAGCUUCCACUUGCAUUUCUCCCAGAACCCCAAAGUCCUGAACCCACGCGGCCUCCGGUACUCCCUGCCAGCUCCACACGGGGGCAAACACGCCAGCAGCCCCCACCUGACGGAGGACCAGCGCUUCCCCCAGCAACGGCUCUCCCGCAAGGCCAGGCAGAAGACUGAUGCCUUCGACCCUGAUUACGUGGCCAGAGUUUCUCCUUUUGCGGAACAUGACAUCCACAGCCGGGCAGCCAAUCUGCGGAUCCGGGACACGGUGCUGGGUGCGGGUAGGAGGCGCCUGAACCCAAACACGAGUCGCAAGAAGUUCCUGAAAAGCAAAUGAGGGAGAGGCGGCUGGACUUGGCCCCUUGGCGGUGGGUGGGAGGAGGGCUGCUCUUCCAGGCACACUGAGACAGCCCAGAAUGGGCCACAGGGAAAGCAGCUUUUGGAGAAGUCUGCCGUUUGGACUCUCAAGAAGCUGGUACUGAGCAGCAGUGUUUGGAAUAAACCCUGGUCCUUUCUUCGAUUAUGGCUGUUUCUGGAUGUGGAGAAAAUAAAUUUGGCUGCUUUCAAGCAAUGCUUGGUGUAGCUGUAGAAACUUUCUUUUCUGAAGAAAGGGCCUUCUCUGGUUGCUCCUGUGGUUAGACCUCCCAGUUGAGAGCAGAGCUCCUCCAUUCUCCUUUUUUCCUCCAAUGACCCAGUAAGCUGAUUUGGGUGGCUGGAGAUGGGCCAGGUCUGCUUUACUUUUCUGUCAAGAUGCUCAAAGCAAACUCUGCGAUUCUUCAGCGUAGCCGUUUGAGACAAAAGUGUAAUUAACCUGCCAAAUGUGCAUCUUAGCUCACCUCACAUUAGCAGGUACUGGCAGCGUCCCUUUGGAGUUACGGCUCUAAAUGUACGUAAGAUGAAACAGUACUUCUGGGAGA